AUUUUUUUCAUUUUUUAAAGUGUUUUAUAUUUUUUUAAUGUUUUUAUUUAUUAUAUUUCAGUUAAAUGUUUCUUAUUAAUGUGCCUAUAUUAAAAUCACUAGAUACCGCCACUAUAGUGCUUAGUUAGACUCGGUGAUACUAUAUAUUUUUACAUAGUUCCGUUGUUUUCGUUAUCGAAUAUUAUGACCGCUGAAAGAGCAAAGUCGAAAAUUGGACGUUGGGUUGAUGAAACUAUGAAAGGAAAAUUUGAUAACUUUGUUGGUUCGCGAAAGAAAUCAAGCUCUAACACUACUACAAAAAUAAACAAUGAUAUACCUAUAAUGCCGGAUGCAGAUGAAAAUAUUGACGCGGACUUGUUAUAUUCAGUAAAACCCGCUGAGUUAAAUUCGAGAGUAACUGAAUCUGCGUAUGAAGAUGAAACGACGAGACCUCCGAUUAAUUUAGCUGACAUCGAUCUUGGAUUAUUAUUCAGCAACAUGACACGGAAACAUCACUUGGAAAAUGUGGAUGCGAACGAACGAGACGUCGGGAGGAUGAUACAACGGCACCUCAAACUGUUGAACAUUGGCUCUGAGAACGUGGGCGAAGACGAACAUUGACAUUCGACUUAGCAUGUUUACCCUUAUGACUUAAUAAUUAAUGUAAACACGAUAAUGUUUAAGCAAACUACAUUCGUGUAAUCAUGUCGUACACUGAUUUUGUCUUUAUAAUUACCAAUCCACUGCUGAUUGGUUAUUAUUGUAUAUAGCCAACGGCGUUUAUUAUCGUGAAAUACAUUUCAAACCGUAGUAAUCAAACGUGUUGAAAACAAUUUAGAAUCGAAGUUUAAAACCGUAAACCACCGACGAUCUCACUUUUAUACACCGUUUGAAGUCAUGCAUCCAUCAUACGGUGUACCUACAUCGGCCUUAUCAUAAUGUUUUAAUAAUAUUGUCGUGUGCAUGUACGGCGGAAAACAUUUCGAUAGAAGUAGGUCAACGGUAUAACAAUAUAAAUAAUAAUACAUAAUAAUAUGAUAUCCGCGUAUUGUCACACCGUCGUUCGGCUGGAAACUUUCCGUCUCAGCCCACUCGCCUCUUGCCCAUCUACGAGUACCCACACGUAGUGCUGUACAUUAGAACCAGCAUAUUUUAGCAGCCACAAAAUAAUAUUAUUCAAAACCAAUGCCGCAUAAUAAUAUUAUACAUUUUUCAGACUGCUAUUAUUGU